AUGGAGGUGGGAGGUAAGAGGAGCUGGGAUGGGCCGCUGCAAGGCACGAAGGGACCGUGUGAAGUCAGAUGCGAUUUGAUGCGACGGUCUACGGUCAGGGUCCAUCACCGCGCUUGCGACUCUCUCCCCCAUUCCGGAUCCUCCUCUUCCCGCCCAAGUUCACUUUCGCCGCAAGGCCAGCAUCUUUCAUUCUCCCAAUCCUCUACUGACGAUCGCCUUCUUUCGCGCCUGACCGGCGUUAUUAUCGCUGCGUGCAUUCCCCCAUCCCCUUGUGCAUCGUCUAAUCCCAGAUAUGCACGCAGCACUCGAGUUAGGAUGAGUAGGUUUGACUCUGCCCUUGGCCGAGAUUGCAUUAUGGCCCUGCCUUCCCCGACGUCCACUCACUUGCACCCUCAAUACGAGAUUCACGUAUUAUUUUCCAGCUAUGGAACCCUUCGCUGACAACAUCUCGCGUCUCUAUAGCUGUGCCCUCGCCCCCGGACGGGAGGCCGUAUAACAUCUCUACCAACAUCUCUCCCAUUUACAGCGAUCCUAACCAGAGCCCGCCGCCCGAACCCUUGCUCGUUGCGCCGCCCACCGCCCCUUUUCCCACCACGACCUCAGCCGGAGCCCCGGCGUCGCGCGAUCCCAGUGUUACGAGGGGUCGAGCGCUGAGCGCGACGAGUCCUCGCAAUGCCUCACCGAGAGGCACCACGCCCGGCUCUACCACCGCGCGACCGAAACAGAGCAUCGACAUAGAGCGCAAACCGAGCCUCUCCUACGGCCAUCAUCGAAACACCUCGAUCGUGCAUGGGGUACAGCACUCGCGCAAUCCGAGCCUGCUGGCCUCCGCCAACAGCGGUCCGUUGAGUCCUGGCAAGAUUCUGGCAGCCAAUCUACCCGAUUCUGCGGCCUUCAACGGUUCUGCUGCAAGCUUGGUGAAGAGCCCUUCGAUGUCGACUUUGCAUACGAAUGGUGUGCCCAAUCCCGCGGCCAUGUCUGUGAAUAGGAGUUUUGAGAAUGGAGUCUCGGCGCAGAGAGGGCCGGCGAGGAUGCACAGUGGAAGGGUGAAGAGGAGCCAUGAACAUCAGCGAUCGCAGAGUAGAGCGCAAGCAGCAGGACAGGCACCGGCACAAGAUUUGAAGACGGUAGGAGAAUAUGCGCUGCAUCAUCUGUUCACGUCGUUUAUCGCGGAGGCAGAUGAGAGAAUCGAGAGGUGUAUGCAGAAACCUGGCGAGCCGGACCCGCGCAUCGAGAAUAUAUGUGGACCGGGCGCGGAUCCUGCGUUCGAUCAAUUGAUCUCUUCUCUCGGACACAUCAAUCGCCACAAGCCGAAUUCGCUGAUUGAUUCGGUGAUUCAUUGGCGCAAGAAGAAGGCGGACAUCGCGAACAACCUGUACAAUGAGCUGAAGGCGGCAAGAGAUGCAAAUGGAAUCACUCAGCGCGGCAUUGCGAACGGCGCAUACUCUGCCCCGACUUCGCCUCCGAGUGGAAACGAUAUCCUGCUGAUGGAGCACAAUGUGGCAACGGCUGAUCGGAGGUCGACCGUGUCGAUUUACAUUCUGUGCCGGGUCUUGAUUGAGAUUAUUGGGCAGACGACUGUCAAGGCGUUGAAUGGACCGGACAACAGCUUGAACACCGCGGGACGACUCGAGGAUGUCAUCUACGGACAAUUACAGAGCGCCGAUCCCGAUUUGCUUGCGACUUCGCCUGUUAUCCGCGCCAAUUGGAUAAUUCGGGGACAAUUGCUAGGAGUCAUGAGCGGUCUCAGAUUCGAGGAGGUGUCGGAACGAUUUAUUAGGGAUCUGGAGGCUGCGCAGAAGAAGCUGGCCGUCAAGGGCGUGGCGGAUGCUAAACUGGCCUCCAGGACAGCUCUGCUCGUCCAGAGUAUGCGAUGGCUCAAGGUGCGAUUCCAGCCCGAAGAAGCCUGGGAGAAGUCCUGCGACAUGCUCAAGCUCUUGGCAAAGUUCUUCGCGGAGGUGCAUGGGAGGACCAUGAAGCACGCAUAUGCCAAUCUGUUUGAGCAUCUAUUGCUUCCAGUCGCUGCUUCCGCGACUACUGAGUUGAACAUGCCCAAAUGGAGGGAAGUCGUGGCCAUCGUACAACCCAAGAUCACGCAGAUGCUGUCCAAGGCCGAUCACUGGACAUAUGUGUAUCCACUACAAGCGGUGUUGCUGUGUGCUUCUCCGCCUGACGCUUUCGCGACGCAGUGGUUGCAGUUGGUCGUCAACUUUCAGCCCAAGCAGAGAGACCUGGCUGGCCGAUCGCAUGCACUGAAGGCAACCUGUCGGUUGGUUUGGCGAUAUUUGUACCGGCACCAGGAGUCGCCAAAUCAUGUACUCAGGAAGCUGGAUGAGAUUGUGAAGCUCGUGUUCCAGGGAGGCAAGAGGAUGAUCUCCACCAUGCCAGUUAUUGCAGAUCCGCUCAUUCAACUGAUUCGCAUCAUCGGAUACAAGCACCAGGACUUCUGCUUUAGGAGCAUCAUCUUUCCGCUGAUGAACUCGGACUUGUUCUCUGGACCGGAAAAGGAUUUGAAGAUUGAGAACUUAGACCCUGAGAAGACUGUUAUCGCCAUCCGAGCAUUUCUCGCCAUCAUGUCAGAUCUUGAGAGAUCGGAACCUCCCCCGUUUCCUGUACGUUUUGAGUGCGAUGCACUCCUGGAUCCAUCCUCACGAACGCCCAUCACGCACCGCAGGACGCGCUCACAGGGCUUCGCUGUGUCUGCGGGUCGGACAGAGCGCCUUUCACGACCUGUAAUUACUACGAAUCUUAAUGACGUCGCCAGAGACUAUUAUGUCAAAUUUUGCAAGAUCCUAGGUCAGUUGACCAUCAUUUGCGACAACACCUUCGGGGGACAGGCUGUCCUUGACGAGAAGCUCUCCUCGCAUACGCCGAAAACGCCCAUGGUCGAAGCCUUCACAUUUAGCAAGAGAGACGAUCUGAUGAACCCAAACGACCUGCGACAAAAUUAUUACGACCUGCUGCAUGUGGCUGUUGAGGCUCUUCCGAGGUGUUUGUCGCCACACUUACCUAUCAACUCUCUGGUCAAUCUAUUGUGUACAGGAACGGCGCAUGUACAAUCGCACGUCGCUACUUCGUCUGCUCAGUCUUUGAAGUCGAUUGCGCGGCAGUCGCAUGCACAGCAGGUGACGAUCGGUUUCGCACGCUUCAUCUUCAAUUUUGACGAUCGAUAUGCCACUGUGUCGGACGGUAGCUUGCUUGGGCCUGGCCACAUUGAAAACACCUUGCAGCUUUACGUCGAGCUGCUUCAAAUUUGGAUCGACGACAUCCAGCAGCGCACGCGUAAAGUCGCGGCGGAUCCCAAUGACGAGGAGGAACAUGGCCAUCGGCCUCUGCCUCUCGAUCUGUCUGGCAUCCUGGCUCAUGUAGACGAGGUCGAAUCACACGGUCUCUUCUUCCUCUGUUCGCCCUCCCGAGCUGUUCGUGCGGUUGCAGUCAAAGUCCUACGCCUGAUCACGAAGUUCGAUACAGCGCUUGGCAAGCCUUGUACGCGUAUCAUCAGCAUACUGGAAGGCAGUUCACAGCAAGUGAUCGAUGUCGAUGACGAGCGACUCUCACUCGCUGAGCGAAGUCGACUUCAGAAGGGUUUGCGCAAGAGCAAUGUCAACAGCACUCUGGUCGAGCUGUGUAGUAGUGAUGCUGCUCAUGAUGCAAAUCUUUGGUUCAAGGUAUUUCCAAAUCUGGUUCGCCUGAGUUCUGAGAUCUGUCUGCAUGCGGUCGCUUUGACGCGGGAGCUUGUCUGUCAGAGACUCUCGCACAGCUAUCGUGUGAUGCAGGCAUUGAGCGAAGGCUCAAAGCAGACAACGACUGCACUCGAGCAGGCCUUCACGAGCAAACCGUCAACACGCCUUACGAGCACCUCGCCAGAGAUUGUUGUCGAGCAAUGGAAGAUCCAUCUCAUUUUUGCCUGCACGACUUUGACCAACAUAGGAGGCGCACCAACGCAUCUACCAGUCUCUAGCCAGAGCUCGCAGCAUACUCGCAAGAGUUCCAAGUCCUCAGCAACAAGUCAGGAAAAGAUCGCUUCAGCCACGGAGCUCUUCUCAAGAGUGGUGCCGUUCCUAUCCUCACCGAAUGAGUUGAUUCGUGCAGCUGCUGUGGCUGGACUUGGAGCAACGAACGCGACGCUUUUCCAGACACUACUCGAGACACUGCAGCCUUUCGUUGCACAGUGUACCGCAGAAGCUAAGGAACGCCUGGCAGCGCAUCAACGCAGCGGCAGUACGCCACGCAGAAGUCAGAGGACGGACUACCUGCGGACAGAGAUCACUCAUCUACUUAGUUUGACUGUGGCCCUCCUGCAGGAUGAGAAGAUUGCCAGCGAGUCCUAUGUGAUGUCGUACAUGCACGACUAUGUCAAGCAUUUGCGCAUCUUCCUCAGCGACACCGAAAUCCAGGGGGAUCUCCACUUCCAGACUUUGAGAAAGCAUUUCUGUGCGCUUGUGGAGGGAUUGUAUGACUGCAUUCGCAAACUCAAAGACGGUUCGCAGUGGAUGUCCUUCCAGUCAAGACAGGCGACGUUUGCGCUCAUGGAGAAUUGGUGCGGCUUCUCACCGAAUGAAGGCCAGAUUCGCAGACAGCAAGAACAUGUUCGAAGAUCGGUACUUGAGCGUGAGGGCGAUAUCCGAGCUCGCGGCGCGAUUAGUUCUAAGAUGGAGAAGGAGAAGAUGGAAUUGCAAUUUGCUGCAUUGGGCGCAAUGGCUACUCUAUGCGCCGGGCCUUUGAGAUUCAUUGCGGACAACCGCGUCUUGAUGCAAUUCGACGUCCGCAGGCUGCUGGCUUGGAUUCACGCCAUCUUCGAGGCUCCGAGCGACCGUACUCAUACCGUUGGAAGGAAGGCCUUGCAGAACCUCAUCGUCCACAACCUCGAUCAACCGUACCUGAUGACCAAGACAAUGCGCAUGUGCUAUAUUGCUCGCGUGCCGAAAGCACUGGGAAGCUACUUCGAGGUCGUCACGAAGGUGCUCACAGAGAACACCAAGGUGACCAUACCGUUCUGGAAGAUUGUUUGCGCUGGGUUAUACACUCUGGGGAACGAAUCCAGCGAUAUUCGCAUGAAAUCAAUACGACUGUUGCGCACGCUGGAAGAGCGCUCGGGAAAGACAUCGAAGCUGCAGGAUUUGGACAUCAGCGUUUCUGACAAGACGACCGCAGUGUACAAGCUUGCGCAGUUUGAGAUUUCGAGACGCUUGGCAAGUCUGCACCCCGAGCUGGCCUUCCAUGUGUUCUCUGAGUUCUCCGCAUAUUUCAAUGAUCUGCAGCCGGACCAUCAGCGGAAUAUGGUCUCUGGCAUGCUGCCCUGGAUACAAGCGAUUGAGCUUCAGCUAGACCCGAACGGCCUCGGGCCCACUGCGAGCUCCUACAUGCUGCUUGUCAACCUCUUCGAGAUUACGGUGAGGAGUAGCAUUACGCUUCACAACGAGAUCCAAGCCCUGUGGCAGGCACUUGCCACUGGUCCGUAUGGUGGCAAUGUGCAGCUUGUGCUCGACUUCAUCAUCCAGAUUUGCCUUGACAAGAAAGAGCAGAACUUUGUCAUCUUUGCAAAGCAGAUUGUGGUCUUCUUGUCGAAGACGCCGGCUGGAGCGCGGGUCGUUGAGUAUCUCUUGAUGGAGAUCCGACCAAAGACUAUGGUCGCUGAGCGGCGCGAGCCGGUCCAAGCUCCGUCCGAUACUGCGGGUUUGCCGUACAUUGCAGACCUGUCAGACGUUCUUCCGAGUGGAGCGAAGCAGAGUGGCCUUUCUCUUGGCCAGCUGAGCAUGAUUUUGCUGGUGGAUCUGGUGGUUUCGCCCUUCUCACUCCCACCUGACAAGGUUCCCGUACUGCUAAAUGUCAUUCUUGUGCAGUGGGAUCAGUACGUCAGCGUCGUUCAGGACCACGCGAGAGAGAUGCUGGUUCACCUUAUCCACGAGCUGGUCAUCUCGAAGAUUGAACCUGAUAGCAGUGAGCCCAACAAGAAAUCGCUGGAGGAUUUUAUCGAGUAUGUACGCCGACACGAUCCGAAGAUUGCUUGGAGCUACGGAGACAGCGAAGUUCGUGCUGGUGAAGAGUCCAGCAGAGCUGUCUCAGAACCCAUGGCAUAUGUGGUGGACGAAGUCGUCCGUAUCUUCUCCCUGACCUAUCCAAGCAUUCGCGAGGAUUGGGGCAAGGUUACGAUGGAAUGGGCUACUUCAUGCGCCGUACGGCAUGUAGCUUGCAGGAGCUUCCAGAUCUUUCGCUGUGUAUCAACCACGCUGGACCAAAAGAUGUUGGCCGAUAUGCUUGCGCGACUUUCGAAUACCAUUGCCGACGACGAGAACCAUGAUUACUUGGUCUUCUCACUAGAGAUCUUGACAACAUUACGACAUAUCAUCGAAUCACUAGACCCGCUCAAUCUCCUGGCUUAUCCGCAAAUGUUCUGGACAACGUGCGCUUGCCUGGACACAAUCUUUGAGAGCGAGUUCCGGGAGGGGCUCAGCAUGCUCAACCUACUCUUGACAAAGAUGGACCUCAGCGAUCCUGCUGUGUUGAAGAUUGUGAGAGAGAGCCAGCCGGCGAAGUGGGAAGGUGGCUUCAAUGGCGUGCAUGCGCUGAUUUACAAAGGCAUGCGGUCAGACCAGUCCAUGGACCGCUCACUGAUGAUCAUGGAACGACUGAUCAAGCUUCCGUCAAGCCAUAUUGUUGGGAGUGAUGAGCGGUUGCUUUUCACGGUCUUGGCCAACCUGCCACGAUAUCUGCACUACUUCGAUGACGACGGUGAUCCGGAAUGCUUGGAGUCAGCCGAGAUUUUGGCCUAUGCUGCCGAGAGCCAGAAUCACGUCAAUCUUGCGCGUGUGCUUCAAGGUCUUGCGCAGGGCAAAUACCGGACUGAUAAGGACUUCGUUGGUGGGUGCAUCAUGGCAAUUCGGACAACCUUCUUCCCAGCGCAGGAAUUUAACAGCCUGGUGUUUCUGCUUGGUAUGGUGAACAACGCCGCUCCGUGGUUCAAGGUGAAAACGAUGCAGAUACUCUGUGUCAUGAUUCCAGACAUUGACAUGCGCAAGCCCGAGAUUGCAUGCCAAGGACCUGAUCUCAUCUCGCCUUUGCUACGUUUGCUACAGACGGAGCACUGCCAGCAAGCUCUGGAUGUCUUGGAUAAUGUUAUUGACAUGACAGGAACACCGCUCGACAACAAGCAUCUGCGCAUGAGUAUGGCCGGAUCGCAUUCUAGCCGCGCGACAAGGAAGGAAUACGACACCACAAAGAGCUUGUAUGGUAUCCCAGAGGAGUCUGGCUGGUCUAUACCGAUGCCUGCCAUUCAUUCAGCACACACGAGGACAAAUGUACAUGCCGUAUUCUUGUCCACAGUCGGGGGCAUUGGCGGCAUACAAGAUGCUGGUACAGCCACAACGCCGGAGAUCGAGUUCCACAGGGACGAAUUCCAGUACGAUACAUACUUCACGGACCGCACUGCGACCAUGACAUCGGAUGACACGAGAGUCGCAGACUCCAACAUGGGCGAGCUUGCUGAGAAGCUUGACACUUUCGACGACUUCUUCGAGGACCCUGCGGAGACUCCAUCACUGCACUCAAACGGCAUCAUGCGAUAUUCCGAACACGAGCGGGAGAAUCUGUAUGAUCAGCAAGCCCUUCCAAUCUUGCAUCGCUCCCUCAAGCGCAACGCAAGCAUCACAUCCUUCCAGAAUGGCUUCGCCGAGCUACGCUACCAACCUCCUCGCGAGCAGCCAAUGAAUCCUGGUGCCUUUGCCCAAUCCGCCGUCCUCACACUUCGCCCAGGCUUGCACAAUCGCUCCAUCACAUCGCCCACCUACUCCACCAAGAGCCCAUCGCAUCUGCAACACGAUUUCACUUCCGGCGAUGAGACGGGCGAUGAACCGGAACCUUUCUCCGACGGCGAUGACCUCGACGUACCCAUUAGUCGCGCUCAUACCACCGAGGAGACAUCCGCACCUUCCCAGUAUACUACCCUCAGACCUAGUGGAGGGUUCAAAGCGCUCAAGUCAGGGAUCCGGAGGUUGACGAGUAGUAGUGGUAGUAGGGAGGCGAGGGACCACUUGAGGGCGCAAGCUGCUUCUGGUAAGGGUCCGAAGGUUCCUAAGAUGCCUGCCAUGCCGGCGAACUAUCGGAUUGAUGCUGCGCCCUUUAGCGCGGAGCCUUGA